AUGGCGGAAGUGAAGGAAGAAACAGCGAAUAACAAAGAAACAGGGCCAGCCUCUGUAAAAUUUCCUAUGUUGACCCCAACUAACUACACGGUCUGGUGCAUGAAGAUGAAGAUAGCUCUAAAGGUAAGUGAAGUUUGGGAGACAAUUGAUCCAGGGAUCAAAGACGAGAAGAAAAACAACAUGGGGAUAGCAUAUCUGUUUCAAUCUAUACCGGAAGCACUUGUUUUGCAAGUUGGAGAUUUAGAUAUGGCUAAGGGCGUAUGGGAUGCGAUAAAGGCACGGAAUCUAGGAGCUGAGAGGGUUAAAGAAGCAAGACUACAAACGCUAAUGACUGAAUUUGAUAGAUUAAAGAUGAAAGAUGGUGAUACUAUCGAUGCCUUCGUCGGCAAGCUAUCUGAGAUUUCUUCAAAAGCCUCUGCAUUAGGAGAAAUAAUUGAGGAACCGAAACUUGUUAAGAAGUUUCUCAAGUCUCUACCUAGGAAGAGAUAUAUACAGAUAGUCGCCUCAAUCGAACAGAUGCUAGACCUAAAAAACACUACGUUUGAAGAUAUUGUCGGUAGGUUAAAAACUUACAAAGAAAGAAUUGCCGAGGAAGACGAUGACUUAAACGAUGAUCAAACCAAACUUAUGUACGCUGAUUCCCCACAAGAUGGCUAUGGAAACUACAAUGGAGGACGUGGACGAGGACGGAACAACAGAGGAACUUGGAGAGGAAGAGGUCGUGGUCGUCAGAGUGCCUUUCAGAGCCAAAGGGAAGCUUACAGACAACGACAAAGUGGUGAUAUCUCUCAUAUUACUUGCUUCCGGUGCGACAAGCUUGGUCAUUACGCAUCUGAUUGCCCAGAUAAACAACUUAAGCUUCAAGAGACGACUGAAAAAAUAGAUGAGGAUACUCAGGAAGCUGAUAAAUUGAUGAUGAACGAGGUGGUUUACCUCAACGAAAACAAAAUUUAA